CCGCAGCGCCCGCAGCCCGGCCCGCAUGCAGGAGAAGGAGGAGCUGCGGCACCUGAACGACCGCCUGGCCAACUACAUCCAGCGGGUCCAGGACCUGGAGAGCGACAAGACCGUCAUGCUGCUGCAGCUGCGGGAGCAGGAGGAGGCCACGGCGCGGGAGACGGCCGCCGUGCGGCGCCUGUACGACGAGGAGCUGGCCGACGUCCGCCGCUGUCUGGACGCGCUGGCGGCGGAGCGGGCCCGCCUGCAGAUCGAGCACGGGAACCUGCAGGAGGAGUUCCAGAAACUUCAGAGCAGGAACCAGAAGAAGGAGUCGGAUCUGGCCAACGCCCUGACCCAGUGGAGGAAGACUGAAGCGAUGCUGAGCGCCAAGGAGGCGGAGAACGCCAAGCUGCUGUCGGAGAACGGGAGACUGGGCGGCGACGCCGCCGACCUGCAGCUGCAGCUGGAAAACGUGGAGCGUUUGCUGGCAGAGACGAAGAACCAGCUGAGUUCUGAGAUCUUAAGACGGGUUGGAAUGGAGAACCAGGUCCAGACGCUGAAGGAGCAGCUGGAACUUCAGAAGAACAUCAGCAAACAGGAGAUCCUGGAGGUCCGGAGCCGGCAGGAGACUCGCCUGGUGGAGGUGGAGUCAGGACGGCGGCGAGAGUUCGAGAGCAAACUGGCGGAGACGAUGCAGCAGCUGCGAGAAGAUCAUACGUUCCAGCUGCACCAGUACAAGGAGGAGAUGGAGAAGACCUUCAGCACCAAGCUGCAGAACGCCCAGGAUGCGGCCGAGGAGAAGACCGUCUCCAUGACGACCACCAAGGAGGAGCUGGAGGUCUUCAGGAGGAGGCUGGAGUCGCUCAGCACGCAGCUGCAGCAGAACCAGAGAGAGAAACUGGUUCUGGAAGACCGGUUCCAGGAGCUGCAGAGGACUCUGGACCAGGAGCGGGACGCCUGGCAGCAGAAGUCCAGUCAGAAGGAGCAGGAGCUGCUGAGCAUGAGGACCCAGAUGGACAACCAGCUGGAGAACUACCAGAACCUGCUGGACGUCAAGCUGUCUCUGGACAUGGAGAUCAACGCCUACAGGAAGAUGCUGGAGGUGGAGGAGCAGAGGUUGCAGCUGUCCCCCAGCCCCUCCAGCCACGCCGCCGUUCCUCGCGUUCAGGAGCGCCGUAAACUCCGAGGGAGGAAGCGGAAACACGAAGAAGCUGGCAGGAGUUCUCCUGCCUACAAGAUGUCCCGCCGAUCCGUGAGGACGGAAGCCGUGACGGUGACCGAGGUGGACGGGAAAUACGUCAGAAUCAAGAACAACUCCGACAAGGAGCAGCCCCUCGGCGGUUGGGUCGUUCGCCGCGUACAUCCAGACUCUGGAGACGUCUCCUUCCAGUUCCCCCCCUCCUUUGUCCUGGCUGGGGGGCGGAGCCUCACAAUCUGGUCAUCAGGAGCGGCACAGGAGGCGGAGCCUGGGGACGCGGUACUGGAGAACCACAGCUCCUGGGGGGCCGUCGCCGACUUGAGGGUCGUCCUUCUGAACCCCAACCACGAGGAGGUGUCCGCCUGCUGGCUGAGCGUCCAGACCACAGACCAGGACGACCCGGAGGACGGCGGCCUCGACUUUGACGACGUCUUCAUAGCAGGAAGUGACGGGCAGCGCUUCCACCGGCAGGAUCUCUCCAAGGAGGCCAGCUGUUGCGUCAUGUGAUGCGGGAACUCUCAUGUCUGGUGAGGGCGGAGCGUCCACUGACGCUCUGAGGACGUUCCAGGAGUCUUCAUGACCGUGUGGGCGGAGCUUCCACUAUGAUGUUCCAGGAGUCUUCAUGACCAUGUGGGCGGAGCUUCCACUAGGACGUUCCAGGAGUCUUCAUGACCGUGUGGGCGGAGCUUCCACUAGGACGUUCCAGGAGUCUUCAUGACCAUGUGGGCGGAGCUUCCACUGGGACGCUCCAGGAGUCUUCAUGACCGUUCGUCUGCCGUCAGAGGAAAUGCUGCUGGUCUGAUACACGGCUGCAGGGGGCGCUGCAGCUCUUCCUCGGUCUGAAUGUUGGUCUCUGAAUCUUCAGUCUGUUUCUGUGGAGAACACAGAUGCUCUGAGGGGGAGGAGCUUCAGGCUCGUCACACCUGCUGGUCUCGUGUGAAUGAGCCCGACAGCAUUGAUCGGUGGUGAACGGAGGAUCUUUGUAAAGUCUCUGGGCCUAAUGCGGCGGUGACCUUUGACCUCGACUAACAGAGGCUUCAGGGUCUCAAUACCAGACUGGCAGCAAAGACUGGAAUCAAACCUGCAACCUCCAGAGCAGAGGUCGGCCGCUCCAGCACAGCCCCCAUGUUAUCCCCCUCCAAUGAAAAUCCUGUUUUU